CCUUGAUAUGGCAUGUUAAACCUACUCCUUGGAAAUCUGGACCGGCACUGAUGAGGCAGUGCUUUGUUUCAGUCACAAAACAGGCUGCAUUUUAAGGGAACCCGGAUACACCGUUUUCCAAGGAUUUCCGGUCCAGUCACUGGUCUGUAGAGGAGAGAAGUUCAAAGAGGAUGUGACCUGGUUGUGGGGGGUCUGCGAUGAUUUUCCCUGCCCGAUUCCUGACUCGGGAACAUGGUGAAGAGUUUCAGAGUGUCUGACCUGCAGACACUGCUGGCUUCCAUGGGACGCAGUAAAAGUGGCCUGAAGCAGGACCUGGUGGGAAGGGCCUUGAGACUGGUACAGACGGAAUAUAGCCCCGAACUGCUGAAAAACGUCCGCCAGCUCUAUGAGUCGCGCUUCCCCAAGGCGACAGGCUGGCUUCCAGCACGCCGGCCCGAAGUGGUCCCGGUGACCCAAUCCACUCGUAGCACCUCGCCAUCCACCAAUGCGCAGGGCACAGACUACCUCAAUGGCCUCCCAAAGCCAUCUCCCACCCCUGCCUCAGAAAUAAAGCUGGUCUCGUUGCCCUUCUACCAAACUCUGGAGACACUGGUGCCCCCGACAGAGCUGCUUGCACAGAACAGUGAGAAGCUGCAGGACAGCCCAUGCGUGUUCGAACUGACACAGAGCCAAGUGGACCAGAUCAGAAACUCCAGUGAGCUUCGUCCAGGGAUCAAAUCAGUCCAGGUGGUACUUAGAAUUUGCUACACAGACACUGUUGGCGUUCAAGAGGAUCAGUAUCCCCCAAAUAUUGCAGUCAAAGUUAAUCAGUCCUACUGUCACGUCCCUGGUUACUACCCCUCAAACAAGCCGGGUGUAGAGCCCCGCCGGCCGUGUCGCCCCGUCAACAUCACGCCCUGGUUACACCUGUCCACCGCCCUCAACCGUAUCACCGUCACCUGGGGAAACUUCGGAAAGCGGUACUGCGUGGCGGUCUACCUGGUGAGAGUCUUCACCGCGGCGGAUCUCUUCAGCAAACUCAAGCUCUGCUCGGUGGAGAGUGCCGACCGCUGCCGUGAGCGCAUCCAGGACAAGCUGCGCUUUGACCCAGAAAGUGAGAUUGCUACCACAGGGCUGCGAGUGUCACUCAUCUGCCCUUUGGUGAAGAUGCGUCUGAAUGUACCAUGCCGGGUCCUGACCUGCGCCCACCUGCAGUGCUUCGACGCGGUCUUCUUCCUGCAGAUGAAUGAGAAGAAGCCCACGUGGACCUGCCCCGUGUGCGAUAAGCCUGCGCCCUUCGAGCUGCUCACCAUCGAUGGGCUGCUGUCUGAAAUCUUGAAGGAGACCGAGGACGUGGAGGAGAUCGAGUACCUUACAGACGGUUCCUGGAGGCCCAUCCGGGAUGAGAAGGAGAAGGAGAGGGAGCGGGAGCGCAGCCACACACCUGAGUAUCCGCUGCUGCAUAUAUGCUCUCCGGAAGCCAACGGUCACUCCCCGGCCCCCACCGUCACCAGCCAGCCUGCCAAGUCCGCCGCGGGCACUCUCGCCGCCCCGACUGGAACCGGGGCCGGCGCGGUGGUGGACCUCACUCUGGACUCUUCCUCGGAGGAGGAGGAGGCGGACGGGCCGACGGGGGACAGCGAAGACACGGACGACAGUCAGGACAACCCUGCCCCGAAGAGAGGCCGCUAUGACUACGAUAAGGAUCUGGUCACUGCUUACUGACCUCCUGGACCUACAGACUUGAGUGAGGGGUUUGAGUAGAGUUGUGGAGGGUUCAAAUUGACCUACUCCCCCUCCCCCCUUUUACACACACACAUGCACACACUCACGCGCACACAAACACACACACACAGCUGACUUCACUAUAGCACUGCAGAAGCCACGUGAUCCAUAGGCUACUCUUCCUCAUGGCCUGUUAUUUUACUGAUGUACAUCUCACUAACUUCAGAUGGACAUGAGUAGCUCUUUCCCACUUUCUGUCCUCCCCUCUGUUUUUAUCUCCCUCCUCCCCAUAGCCUGUACUCCUGCUAUAAGAGCCAUAAAACGUGUUUCCUUCACCUUUGACGACUAAAUUACACGCAAGGUAGGAAGUGUAUUUGAGGACUGAGACCUUGCAAGCAGUGAAUCUCUAAAGCAUAUUUCAGUUUCACUUUCAUUAUACUUAUAGGAUGUGGUAUAAAAUUGCAUGGGGCUUAAGUCUAUUUUUUUUUCUUUUCUUUUGUCCAAAUCCUUCCUUAUUUUGGUCCUAGAAACUGACAACCUACCUCAGUCAAAACAAACUUGAUGGGGAGAUAUCAUUUGAAAAAUUCUGGCUGGAGUUUUCUUCUUUUUUUUUGUUUUUUGAGUCACACUGGAGAGGGUGUCCAUUUCCUUUUUGGAGAUCCGCCCGCAUUGGGGCAUGAUGACAGUGGAGCUAAAUGUAAUCUACUUUCUUACUGGUUCGUCUGCUGUCACAUGCCAAAUUUCUAUUGGGAUGCUCACAUAUACAAAUAAUGGUUGGGUGUCGCACUAUCUGUUCAGCAUUUUAAUUACGAUAUCCAUAUUUUCAUAAAUACAUUUGAUCAAAAAAAGCAUUUUUUCUAUAAUUUGGUGAACUGCAAUAACUUUAAUGGUAAAGUAUUAUGAACAUUUGGCACAUUUUAUGAAAUUGAUUUCUGUUAUUUAUUUCCAUGUUUGUAUGUGUGAAAAUGCUGGUGUUUUUUUUUUUUUUUUUUUUUUUUCUUAAACAUAUUUUAAUCCCGGUAAGUUAAAGCCUAGAGGAGGAUGUUGAUGGAAGUCGAUAAUCCAUUCUGUGUUUUGUCCUCUUGAAAUCAUUGCCUGUUACAGGUUAGCCAACAUCUACAGUGACUUUAAGUGGGAUUCCAUACAACAGCAUUGGUAACAUUUUGAAGUUCUCUCUUUCACUUACUGUUACAUUACAAAAUGUGCUACGUUGUGAACUGUUCAUGACAUUUUGAAUUUGGGGCAUUGGAUCUGUUUUUGGACUCGGUAAAGAAUCUCAAAUGGACAGCGCAGUUCACCAUAAAAUGAUCAGAACUGGGCUGCGAUGUCCAUUUUAUCUUAAACCCGUACUUCUACAGGAAGCAGUUUGCUGCUGAUUAUAUUGUUGCAGUUGAAUGUUAUUAGGCUUUGAACUGGGAAGGGUAUUUUGACCUUCUGGUACUGAGGUUUUCUUUGUGAAAGAUCGAGCUACAGGAAAUGGCAUCUGGUUAUGCUGGCGUGGUGUGCACGCACCUUAAUGGCUGAAGAUUGAAAGAAAGGGCAAUAAAUGAUCUGCACUCAGUCUGAUUACAGUAGCAGAAUAAGACCUUCGGAAUAUGCAUUAGGAGGCGAGAAUUCAUAGAUAUUCUUCAGUUGUACGAUUUUUGGUUAAUUGGUGUUUUAAUUGAUAUGAUGGCGUUCAUGUCCUUGAGACUGAGUUUCAUUUGUUUGUAUAUGCCUGGCUGUUUUAUUUUCAGCUUUGUAGGCCAUCAGACAUACUUGUAAAUUAAGGGUGGUCCAAAAAGGCUUCCAUAUAGACAGAACCAUCAGAUGUGCCUUGUAACCACCUUUCUGCUUCUCUCUUGGUACAUUUGAACUACAUCAGACUGGGAUAAGCAUGAAAUUCGGACCAUUUCCCUACUGUGAUGAUGGAUAUCCCUUGUGGAAAUGGCUGUAGUAGAGUUCAACUUUUAAUUGACGUAUCGGUAUGAUCAGCUUGGGUCUUGGUGCUUUUUUUUUUUGUUGCUUUUUUUUCAAAUUUUGCAAAUUUUGAAAUUUUAUGAAAUCCUUGGCCUCAUUCAUUCCUGAACUUCAAGCACUUGCAUCAACUCCCAAUGUUCCCUUUAGAGAAAAGGUUUGCCAGUUGUGAAACAGCUACUACAGCUAAUGUAUAUGACGAGAUCCUUUCUUUUUCCGUCAGAUCAUUUUAAAGGCUUGUUCUUUUAAGAAUAAUAACUGCAAGCUGCGGCUUACUUUGGCUGGCGUUGUUACACAAUGAAGGCCGUGUAGUUCACUAGGGUAAUAGUUAGUCCUUGUGUGUAAUUGUACAACAUCCAUAAGGGCUUACAUUGGUGGAAACGGUAUAUUGUAGCUAAUUGUAAUAGACUUUUCCAACAACUUCAAUCUUCAGAUGCCUAUGUGCGUGAAUCUACCAUUCGUGCUGAUUAAUACCCGACUUAAAUGAAAAGCAACCUUGUAUUCUCAUUUUACAUCAUUGUCCAUUUCUAAUAAAGCCACUUUUUUGAUAGCUGAGAUCUAUAGGCCCCUCAUAAUUAUUUAGCAAAAGAUUUAAGAAUAUAAUUUGUAGGUUGUUUCCUGUGAACGCCUCUCAGCCUGUCUGACGAUUCACGCAGCCAGGCUCUUCUUUUGACUUGUGAAGUUGAUCAAAAUAACCUCUUAAUUACAUAUUAAAUAGAAACUCAUUUCCUCUGAAGUCUUAUCCAUGCUUUUAGUACAGCUGAUUUAAAAAAAUAAAUUAAAAAAAUGGUUCUGUUAUUGAAUUGUUUUAAACCUUGACUACCAUUGCACAACUAAUAUCCGGUUUGUGUCCAUAACUGAAAUGAAAAUAGGUCCUUGUAGAGUUUUUCAGAACGGGACUGUUCUUAGUUGAAAUUGAGGGGGAGGAUCGAAACAAGGGGAGAAUAUUGGCCUGUCUGGAUCCCGUAUUGCAAUGCCUAUGGUGCCAUGGACAGUGGCUUACUAUUCCCUAUGUAAAUGUUUUGUGUGUUGUGUCUUUUUAUAUGUUCAUAUUAAAAGCCAACAAAAUGAAUAAAUAAUAUUUUAUCAAGCUCUGAUUUGACUCCGGUUGUUCCGAUAGGCAAACACUCAGAAAACAGGACUCAGGUUUUAGUUAGUAUGGCUUAUAUACAUAAAGCUGUAAGCAUGUGUGCUACUGAAUGGUCUGGGGGGAUCUCUAGAGGAUACCGUUGUUGUUGUGCCAUCUGUGUAAAUGGCAAAUAAGAUUCGAAUUUUACAUAGCGACGUGCUAAAACCUGUUAUUUACAUGUAAAAUUACAAAUUAAACAAAUUUUAAAACA